AAACAAAUCAAGGGAGUAGCUUCGAUCAUUUUUCUCAGCUUAUACGUCCAUCUCAAAACCAACCCAACGAAGAUCCGAUCUAUCACUUGUAAAUGUUAGCAGAAUUACACUCUCUGCAAUUUAAAUUCAUAAAAUGAUCUCCACUUCUGCCACCCUUGCACCACCUCUCUCACCGCCAUCUUCUGACUCCGAUUCGGACUCCUCCUCCCAUCGCCACCAUCAUUCCGACCUCUCUUCCACCAUCUUCAAGUCCUACCUUGAACUUGCUGGUGAUCACCACAACCAAAAACAUGACCUCAUCAAAAUCCAAGCUUUUCUCACUUCUUCUCGUUCCGGUGCUCUCUCAUGCCUCAUUUGCCUCGAAAGAAUCCGUCCCUCUGAUCCCACAUGGUCUUGUUCCUCUCGCUGUUUCGCCGUCUUUCAUCUCCACUGCAUUCAAUCGUGGGGCGUUCAAUCCUCCAAUUUGGCUGCCGUCCGUGCCAUCACGCGCGCUGUCGCUCCCAAUGACAGCUCCCUUCUAUGGCACUGCCCUAAAUGCCGCAUUGAGUAUUCUAAAUCGCAGAUCCCUAAAACAUACUAUUGUUUCUGUGGGAAACUUCCAGACCCACCUCAUGAUCCUUGGGUUUUACCUCAUUCUUGCGGUGAAAUUUGUGGGAGGCCAUUGAUGUACAAUUGUGGACACCAUUGUUUACUGUUGUGCCACCCUGGACCGUGUCCGGCUUGUCCUAAAUUGGUGAAAUCCAAGUGCUUUUGUGGGGCUGUGGAAGAUGUCAAACGAUGUGGGUUUAAGAAUUUCUCUUGCAACGGUGUUUGUAAAAACUUGUUGGAUUGCAACACUCAUAGGUGCAAUGAAAUUUGCCAUGAGGAUGAUUGCCCUCCUUGUAAAGCUAAAGGCAUGUUUAAGUGUCAGUGUGGGAAGGUUGAGAUGAAAAGAGAGUGUUUUGAUAGGGUCUUUAGGUGUGAAAAUCCAUGUGAGAAGUUACUUGGGUGUAGGAGGCAUAAGUGUGAGAAAGGUUGUCAUGAGGGUGACUGUGGAGAUUGUCCACUUCAAGGGAAGAGGACUUGCCCUUGUGGGAAGAGAGUUUAUGAAGGGAUUGCGUGUGAUGUUGUGGUUUCAGUAUGUGGAGCAACAUGUGGUAAAAUGCUGAGCUGUGGAUUUCAUCGGUGCCCUGAAAGGUGCCACAGAGGCCCUUGCAUUGAAACUUGUAGGGUGGUCGUUACCAAAUCAUGUAGGUGCGGGAGUUUUAAGAAACAGGUUCCUUGCUACCAAGACAUGACAUGUGAAAGGAAGUGUCAGAAAAUGCGCGACUGUGGAAAACAUGCUUGUAAACGCCGCUGCUGUGACGGGGAUUGCCCACCUUGUUCUGAGAUGUGUGACAGGAAGCUCCGUUGUAGGAACCACAAGUGUCCAGCUCCAUGCCACAGAGGCUCUUGUGCACCCUGUCCGGUAAUGGUCACAAUUUCAUGUUUGUGCGGGGAGACACAUUUUGAGGUUCCUUGUGGUGCUGAAGCUGAACAGAAACCUCCAAAAUGUCGUAAAUCAUGUUGUGUAGGUCGCUUAUGCAGGCAUGCUUCUAAUCGGAAGCCACAUAGGUGUCACUACGGAGCUUGCCCACCAUGUCGUUUACUUUGUGAUGAAGAAUAUCCUUGUGGGCACAAGUGUGGAUUGAGGUGCCAUGGCCCUACGCCGCCUCCUCUUCCAGAAUUCACUCUGAAACCAAAGAAAAAGAGACCAAACAAUCAAAUUGAACCUACUCCUGGUUCACCAUGCCCCCCAUGCCCACAACUUGUUUGGAGGUCUUGUUUGGGUAAUCAUUUAGGAGCAGAAAGAAUGAUGGUCUGCUCAGACAGGGCAAUAUUUUCCUGUAACAAUCUUUGUGGAAAUCUUCUUGCUUGUGGAAAUCACUACUGCACUAAUGUUUGCCAUACCUUGGUUACUAGUACGUCAAAAUUAGAUACUAGUAGAAGAGCCGAGACUUGUGAAAAGUGUACUCUUCCUUGCCAAAAGGAGCAGAGACCUACUUGUCCUCAUCCGUGUCCCUUGCCUUGUCAUCCUGGAGAAUGUCCCCCUUGCAAAGCACUGAUAAAACGUUCAUGUCACUGCAGUUCCAUGGUUCAUGUAUUUGAGUGCAUAUACUACAACAGCUUGUCAGCUAAAGAGCAGUUAACUGUUCGGUCAUGUGGAGGACCAUGCCAUAGAAAAUUACCUAAUUGUACGCACCUCUGCCCUGAAACAUGUCAUCCUGGUGAAUGUCCAUCUCCUGAUCAAUGCUCCAAGAAGGUUAAUGUUCGUUGUGGAUGCCAAACUUUGAAAAAAGAGUUACUAUGUAAGGAUGUCCAAGCAGCCUAUCAAAGUAGUGGUACUGAUCCUAAAGAUGUAUCUAGAAACCAAUAUGGACUUGGCCUCCUCCCUUGCAAUUCAGAUUGCAGGAGCAAAGUGAAGGCUGCUGAGGCAGAGUUGCAACAUCGUAAAUCAAAAGCUCCCGAGAAAAAGGAACCAGAAACAAAAGAUAAUGUGACGAAGCGAAGACGGAGACGAGUGCGGGUGCUCGAAGAAAAGAAAACUUCGACACUGCAGAGAAUUGUAGCUGGCCUCAGGAGAUUUCUUCUAUUUAUUAUCACUAUAAUAGCUCUAAUUACUUCAGUAUAUUUGGGUUAUAAAGGCCUACAAUGGCUUUCCGAACGAAUGAAUGAAGCUGAAAUACGACGACAAAGAAGAUACACGAACAUAGUUGUCUGAAUCAACUUCAGCAUACAGAAAUGUUCAGUCUUGGCUGAUUUUCCAGUAGAUGAAGCAUUCUUUAUUCAUUUUGGAUUUUGUUGAUUUUAAUUUAGAUUUUUUUUUGGUACAAUUUUUUUUUAAUUUAGUUGAUAUAAGUAGAACAGAAAGCACACAUGCUUGGAGGAGUGGUCUGACCAAGUUUUCUUUUCCCUUGCAAUCAUGAAUUAACAUUCGAGUUUGUUAAAAGUUACUUAUAGGGGUGGCAAAAUCAAUGCGUAUAAUCUUGACUCGCUCAGUUUGUGUAGGUGUGGGUGUGUUAGUGACUCGCAUAUUUUAUUAAUUCAGUCCAUUUUGCACCUUUAA